AUGAAAGGUAUUUCGAAGAUUCUCUCUGCCUCGAUUAUGGUAAUGAAGCUGGGGAAUGUUUAUUCUGCAGUUCCGCUUUGCAGUAAUACUUAUGAUCCCUCGCAACAGCAGCCAUCAUAUGUGCUGAUUCCCAGUACUCCUGAGGCUAUAACAAACUGUGCAUACAGCCCAAAGAAUGCAUAUGUCCCUUCUUCUCCUACUACAUCGUCUUCAACCCCAGGGACAAACAACGAUAACGAAACAUCUCCUACUACAGAGGAUGUAGGAACAUGCAAGAUUUCCGUUGUAAAGCAUUGCGACACACCAGGUGCAUCAUCAACACCUUGCGAGCCUGAACAAACCAUCCCAGCACAGCCUGUUACAAUGGCUACAGUUACACCAGCAAUCAUUGCUUCUGUUCAAACACCAUCCGUUGUGUCUGUUAUUCCUGUAACACAGAAGGUUAUUCAGCCUGCAACAAUGAUUGUGCCACCUUCUUCGAUUAUUCCGGGGUAUUAUCCUAAUGGAACGCCUGCAGCACCUGGACAGCAAGGGCAAAUUCUUUCAGGUAGCGUUCUUGCACCUGGCGCCAGCUCAUGCCAGUUGGUUCCUGGGAAUACUCCAGGCCAAAUGCUUCCUGGAAUGACGCCGGGUGUUUCUCCAUGCUUGCCAACACAGGGCGGGGAUGGAAGCAACCAGACCAUUCCGGGCAUUGUUUAUCCAUGCCAGCCAGGACAGGGCGGAAGUGGAAGUAACCAGACCAUUCCAGGUGUUAUCUCCCCAUGCCAGCCAGGACAGGGCGGAAGUGGAAGCAACCAGACCAUUCCGGGUAUUGUUUAUCCAUGCCAGCCAGGGCAGAAUGGAGAUGGAAGUAACCAGACCAUUCCAGGUGUUAUCUCCCCAUGCCAGCCAGGACAGGGCGGAAAUGGGAAUGGCACUACUGGCCAGCCUGGGCAGUGCGUCUCUGUUCCUCAAACUCCAAACCCUAUUGCAAUGCCUCCAAUUUCAGGUAUCAGUGGAAACGGGUAUCCUACUUCUACUACAUACACUCAAAGCCUUGGGCAGCUGGGUCCUUGCAUUGACGUACAAAAGCCAACAUCUUCAUGUGAAUCACAGACGAAUGAAAAGUCUACUAUGCAGUAUGCCAUGGAGGCUUGUGCCGCACCAACCCCAACAGUUGUCAUAGGUAACAGCGAGUAUCUUGUCGGGCCGGGGAUGUACAGUUCACUUACCUCUCCAUGCAACUCCUGCUGUCAAUGUUAG